AGCCUAUGUUGAAAAUAAAUACAACUUUCCAUCAUUAGACUUGGCGAUAGGAUCCGAUGAAGAUGAUGCUACUUCAGGUUCCAGUCAUGUACAGUGCGGUAACGGCACCGUCAGCAUCUCAGUAAUAGUGACAUGAAGGCACCGCUUACAGCAUCACAGAGAGAGUGGAGCUGGCAGCACAACAUCACAGCCAAUGACCUCAGCGGUUCUGCAGCAGAGAGAGAGAGAGAAGUGAGAGAGAGAGAGUGAGAGGGGGAGGGGAGAGAAGUGGUAAUGGUAUGAGAUGCUCCUAAUCUAUAACCGGAGACGCAGACGGGACAGGACCGGACCGAGAGUGUUCGGUGCAGCUCCCGGAGCAUCUGUCCGUCUCUGCGCAAGAUGCUCAGGGGAACCGGGGAAAACCUAUCGGCCGAAUAACUCCGUUAGAGUGCCGUUAGGUUAAAAAAAGGGAGUCAAAAUGACUAUCCCGAAAGACAUUCCCGAAAAGUGGUUUCCCAUCGUUCUUCCACUGCAACAGAAGAAACAACAAGGACUAGAUGCUGCUAAAACCAAGAAGAAGUGGACAGAGGAGGAGAGGAGGGUCCGGGCCAACGACAGAGAAUACAACGAGAAGUUUCAAUAUGCCAGUAACUGUAUUAUGACGUCUAAGUACAACGUCAUCACCUUUCUGCCCGUCAACCUGUUUGAACAGUUCCAGGAAGUGGCCAACACCUACUUCCUCUUUCUGCUCAUACUGCAGUUGAUUCCUCAGAUCUCAUCUCUCUCCUGGUUCACCACCAUAGUGCCUUUAGUCCUGGUGCUCAGCAUCACUGCAGUAAAGGAUGCCACCGACGACUACUUCCGUCACAAGAGUGACAACCAGGUGAACAACCGCCAGUCUCAGGUCGUCAUCCAUGGCUCUCUUCAGAAGGAGAAGUGGAUGAAUGUGAGAGUGGGUGAUAUCAUUAAACUGGAGAAUAACCAGUUUGUGGCAGCUGACCUUCUCCUACUGUCCAGUAGUGAACCUCAUAGCCUCUGUUACAUCGAGACCGCAGAGCUAGACGGGGAGACCAAUAUGAAGGUGCGUCAGUCUCUGUCUGUGACUGCAGAGCUGGGAGACCCCAACAACCUGGCCUCUUUUGACGGUGAGGUGGUGUGUGAGCCUCCCAACAACAAGCUGGACAGGUUCUGUGGUCUUCUGUACUGGAGAGAUUGUAAAUACCCCCUGAGCAACCAGAACAUGUUGCUACGAGGCUGUGUCCUCCGCAACACAGAGACCUGCUACGGACUGGUCAUCUUUGCAGGCCCAGACACCAAGCUGAUGCAGAAUAGUGGUCGCACCAAGUUCAAACGCACAAGCAUCGACCGCCUCAUGAACACACUGGUGCUCUGGAUCUUUGGCUUCCUGGUGUGCAUGGGUGUGAUCCUGGCUGUGGGGAACGCUGUGUGGGAGAGAGAGGUGGGUUCUCUAUUCCAGAGUUACCUGGCCUGGGACCUGCCUGUAGACAACUUCCUCUUCUCUGCCUUCCUCUCCUUCUGGUCCUACGUCAUCAUCCUCAACACUGUGGUGCCCAUCUCACUCUACGUCAGUGUGGAGGUGAUAAGGCUGGGUCAUAGUUACUUUAUCAACUGGGACAGGAAGAUGUUCUGUCCACAGUGUAACACAGCAGCCGAAGCCAGGACCACCACGCUCAACGAGGAACUUGGACAGGUGGAGUACAUCUUCAGUGACAAGACAGGAACUCUCACUCAGAACAUCAUGAGCUUCAACAAGUGCUCUAUCAAUGGACAAGCCUAUGGUGAGGUGAUCGACCCGUUGGGAGCACAGCCAAAGAGGUUGGACUUCUCCUCCUUCAACCCCCUGGCGGACCCUGACUUCUGUUACUAUGACAACGGUCUGCUGAAGUCGGUGAAGCUGGGAGACCUUCACAGCCACGAGUUCUUCCGGCUGCUUUCCCUCUGUCACACCGUCAUGAGUGAGGAGAAGAAGGAGGGAGAGUUGGUGUAUAAGGCCCAGUCUCCAGAUGAGGGUGCGUUGGUGACAGCAGCCAGGAACUUUGGUUUUGUGUUCCGGUCUAGAACCCCUGGUACUAUCACUGUGACAGAGCUGGGCCGACCCGUCACAUACACACUGCUGGCCAUCCUCGACUUCAACAACAUCCGCAAGAGGAUGUCCGUUAUAGUGCGUAACCCCGAGGGGAGGAUCCGUCUAUACUGUAAAGGAGCUGAUACUCUGCUGUUUGAGAGGCUCCACCCCUCCAACCAUCACCUGAUGAACAUCACAACAGAUCACCUUAAUGAGUAUGCUGGGGACGGUCUGAGGACCCUGGCCCUGGCCUACAGAGACCUGUCAGAGGAGCAGUGGGAGGAGUGGUCAGAGAGACAUCGCCAAGCAGACAGAUCUACAGACUGUAGAGAGGACAGACUGGCUGACACAUACGAACACAUAGAACAGGACAUGAUGCUCCUGGGUGCCACAGCCAUAGAGGAUAAGCUACAGGAGGGAGUUCCAGAGACCAUCGCUAUCCUCUCUCUCGCUAACAUCAAGAUCUGGGUCCUCACGGGAGACAAACAGGAGACAGCAGUUAAUAUAGGUUACUCCUGUAAGAUGCUGACUGGUGAUAUGACUGAGGUGUUCAUCAUCAGUGGACAGACAGUGCUGAGUGUUAGAGAGGAACUCAGGAGAGCGAGGGAGAGAAUGAUAGAGUUUGCCCUGGCCCUCCGUGGGGGAGAAACAGCAGCAGUGUCCCCCUCCCCUGGCCCUCCUCCCCCUCGACCCCCCUCCUCCACCACGCUAGACUCCAUAUCUGGAGAGUUCGCCCUCGUCAUCAACGGACAUAGCCUGGCCCAUGCGUUGGAGGCUGAUAUGGAGGGGGAGUUUGUGUCGACAGCGUGUGCCUGUAGAGCAGUGAUCUGCUGCAGGGUGACUCCCCUACAGAAAGCCCUGGUGGUGGAGCUCAUCAAGAAACACAAGAAGGCUGUCACACUGGCCAUAGGAGACGGGGCUAACGAUGUUAGCAUGAUCAAGACGGCUCAUAUAGGAGUGGGUAUCAGUGGUCAGGAGGGCAUCCAGGCAGUGCUGGCGUCUGACUACUCCUUCUCCCAGUUCCGCUUCCUCCAGCGCCUGCUGCUGGUCCAUGGGCGCUGGUCCUACCUCCGCAUGUGUCGCUUCCUCUGCUACUUCUUCUACAAGAACUUUGCCUUCACCAUGGUGCACUUCUGGUUUGGCUUCUUCUGUGGCUUCUCUGCCCAGACGGUAUAUGAUCAGUACUUCAUCACUCUCUAUAACAUCGUCUACACCUCUCUCCCUGUGCUGGCCAUGGGAAUAUUUGACCAGGACGUCCCAGAGCAGCGUAGUCUGGAGUAUCCUAAGCUGUAUGAGCCAGGUCAGCUCAACCUGCUGUUCAACAAGAGAGAGUUCUUCAUCUGUAUAACCCAGGGUAUCUACACUAGUGUUGUGUUGUUCUUCGUACCCUAUGCCAUCCUGUCCCACGGCACCCAGGGCACCGGGGAACCCCUCGCCGACUACCAGACCUUUGCUGUUACCACGGCCACCGCCCUCGUCAUUGUCGUCAGUGUGCAGAUUGCUCUUGACACAGGCUACUGGACGGCCAUCAACCAUUUCUUUGUGUGGGGCUCUGUGGCCUCCUUCUUCACCAUCAUGUUGGCCAUGCACAGCCAGACUCUGUUCAACAUCUUCCCCAACCAGUUCCACUUCAUAGGCAGUGCCCAGAGCACACUGGUCCAGCCGCUGGUGUGGCUGACCAUCGCCUUGGCCACAGUGAUCUGCAUCGUUCCAGUUCUGGCCUUCCGCUUCCUCAAACUGGACCUGAAACCACAGCUCUCUGACACGGUGCGUUACACCCAGCUGGUGCGUCAGAAGACGAGGAAGCCGGCGGGUCGAUGCAUGGGAGGAGUCAGGGGCGUGCCUGAGGGUCGUCUGGGGGCGAGGGGCGGGUCCAGGAGGUCGGGUUAUGCCUUUGCCCACCAGGAGGGCUUUGGGGAGCUCAUCACCUCUGGGAAGAACAUGAGACUGUCCUCCCUGGCCUUGGCCAACUUCGCCUCCAGACACAGCUCCAGCUGGAUAGACACCCUGCGCAAGAAGAAACACUCAAACACACACCCCCCGCAGAGCGCCUCGGGAGAGAGCAGCCCGGCACCUAGCUAUGUGUCGGGAUCGGCUCCCCCCUUGUCGAAUUCAUCCUCGCUCCUGGGGGGGUCGCAGGAUACGCCCCUGGAGGAGGGAACACACAUGCCGCCUGUCAUACUCCCACAGCCGGCUGGUGUCCCUUCCACAAACACACCUCCAGCGUUAGCUCCAGCCCAGGUCCCCUCUGCCGACUCUCUCACCCCCACCUCGGUGAGGAGUCCUGGGGGAGACUCGGUUGGUGGCUGGAACCUUAGUCUGGGAGCUGUACAGGAUGCUCUGUUUGGUUGGAGGGGUGCCGCCGCUCGCAUCAGCGGAACCAGCAGCCCGGGACCUCCCCCCGUUCCCAAGGAAACCAAUCAUGCCGUGUGAGACGGACAGACAGAUGGACAGAUGAUAGAAAGAAGAAGGCAGAAGGACGGACGGACGGCUGUCAUAUUCCACUGGAUUUUCUUGGAAUACUUGAAGAAUACUGAACUUGGAAUAUUUGGAAUACUGAACUUGGAAUGUUUGGAAUACUGAACUUGGAAUGUUUGGAAUACUGAACUUGGAAUGUUUGGAAUGGAACUCGCCCUGGGUUAGGAAGAGAACCAACUUCUCUGUCUUUCUCAACUAAUGAGGCAGACUGAAAGAAGCACUUCUUCAUGCAAAUGAUGUAACCAUCUGCUAAAGACCUUGGUCCCACAGGGACCUGGAGAGAAACCAAACUCCAACAGCACCACUGUGGUUCAGACAUGACUAUACUAUUUAUAAAAUAGAUCAUAUGUCAUAACAUGAUAUCAGAUGGGUUCAAAACAAAGUAUUGAAUUGAGUCUUUAUGACAGAAGAGAGGUUAAUGUGAUAAUCAAGUGCAGUACAGUAUAUGAUAAUCAAAAAGGUUACUGGUGAAUUGAGAUGAAAUAGCAGAAUGAGAGGUUUUUAUGAUCAGCUGUUGUCAUCUGUUGUUAGACAUGGUUCUCCAAUAAACCUGUAUGUAUCCAGCUGUUAACCAAUCAUAUAAAACAUCUCUUAAAUAGGGCAAGUUAUGCUAUCUACCUUCACUAAAAAUGUAUCACACAGUGUAAACCAAUGCUGUGUAAACCGAUGGAGUAGUGUAGAGAUGUCCCUCUAACCUGUGCAGUAUUUCUGUAUGAGGAAUGUCUCUAGAACCUUAUCAGUGGUCAUGGUCUUUGUAUUCAUGAUUACAUAUUGCUGUGUCACCAUGCCCAAAGACUUAGUCAAACCAGACAGUAUUUACCUUUUGGUCUGCACGAUCCUACACUCUUAUGGGUACAUACUAAUGUGCAUUCUCUAUCUGUCUGUCUGUCUGACUGAAAUAUUCACAUACAUAGUCCGUCUGUUGUUUCAGGACGAUGAGAGAAUCAGCCAAUAACUUGGCAGGAGACUGAGGGGUUCAGUCAGCCAACCAAUGACUGUGAAGAAUGCAGGAUGCUAGAAUGUUGUAGUAUAUGUCGUCAUAAGUUAAUGGGCAGAGUUUCUGUGUUCACUAUAGUUCUCAGUGAGAACGCCAUUUUAACCUUACAGGACACAGCAAGACUCUCUUCAUCAUGUUCUUCAUCCUCCUCCACUGCACCAUAUUGGUGACCUGCUGCUGGGCCCACAGACAGAACUACAGUUAUAUCUCAGACUCUUAAGAGAGAGGAGAUGGACUUCUGACAGAAACCUGGACCUCUAUGUUGCUUUGGGACGGACUGACUCUGAGGCGUUGUGAGAGACAAUGGACAAUAAGGCCUCUAUGGCCUCCAUGUUACUUUGGGGAGGACUGAGUGUGUGGGAAAAGUGUGCUAAUAUAGGCUUAUACAGUCACACAGUAACCUGUAGUUACCUAGAGACUGAUCUGGUCUAGGAACAGGAGAAUGUGUUAAUGAAUGGAGGCUUGGGAGGGAGGGAUCUGGGGAUAUUAUUAUUAAGCCUUAAUAAAUCCAGAGUAAUGAUGAUCAACCCAAUUCGUCCCUCUACUAGGUAUGUCAUCAUGUAACGUAUUCUUUCUAUAGAGCAGGGGGGAACAAAUCCAGUCCUCUAGGGCCACUGUAAUGAUGGUUUCACUGUUGUACUCUACAGCAUACAGCUUCUGGUUAGAAAGAUAUAGGGUGAAACCAGGUGAGACAGCUGUUAUACUCUACAGCAGUGGUAUUCAAAGUCCGGGUCUCGAGUGAACUGCUGUUGGGUCACAGCAAAAAAAAAAAAAAAAAAAAAAGUAUAUAUUUUUUUGGAACAAAACAGUACAGAUUAUUGUAUGGGACAAUAUAAAAACGUUUUGGAGAAAGAUCAUUUGAAAAAUAAAAUGUUAUUGAGUAAA